CCGGUUCCAGCAUCAGUUUAAAUCUACUACAACACACCAUCACCCACCACGAGGUUAUGUCCAACAUGUCGGAGGAGGAAAAGGUCCCGGGAUACGUAUUCGGUAAAAAGGAAGGAGAGGGCGGCGACCUCGAGAAUAGCAAGUCUGGUGAAGCUGUUCCUUACACCGGGCUAGUGGACGGAAAGGAAUUCGGACACGUGAGGAGGGGUCUGAAGGCAAGACAUGUUCAAUUUAUCGCUAUUGGGGGCAUCAUUGGGACGGGGUUGUUUGUUGGCUCUGGUGCUGCGCUGGUUAGGGCCGGACCAUUGAGCAUUCUUUUGGCUUAUACUAUCGUUGGCACUGUUAUCUAUUCAUUGAUGUUGGCUAUUGGAGAGAUGACUACAUGGCUCCCUAUUCCUGGGGGUUUGACGGUUUAUGCACACCGCUACCUAGACCCCUCAUGGGGAUUUGCUAUGGGAUGGAACUACUGCUUCGGAGCAGCUAUGACAGUUUGCGCCGAAGUAUCCGCUGCGCUACUGCUAAUAGAGUAUUGGACCGACGAUGUAAACAAAGCAGUCUGGAUUGUCAUAAUUCUAGUCGUAAUAUUCCUGCUCAAUAUCUUCGUCGUCGAGGGUUACGGAGAAGCCGAAUUCAUAUUCGCAAGUGUCAAAAUCAUAACGAUCAUUGGCCUCUUAUUCUUGGCGGUGAUCCUUUUUUUCGGUGGUGGGCCAAGUAAAGAUCGCAUCGGUUUUAGAUACUGGUUAGUGAAUAACCCCGGCGCCAUGAGGGCCUAUCUCGUCCCUGGUAACACAGGUCGAUUCUUGGGUUUCUUGAAGUCUUUCGUGAACGCUUGUUUCGCAUUUGGUGGAUCAGAGGUUAUCUGCGUCGCCGCGAGCGAGACUUUGAACCCUAGGAGAAACAUACCCAAGGCGGUUCGCCGUACUUUCUGGCGUGUGUUGAUUUUCUACGUUUUUGGUGUUUUCGCUAUUGGUGUCUUGGUCCCAUACAACGACAAAGGGCUAACCACUGCUCUUAAAAGUGGUGCUCCCGGGGCUGCAGCUUCCCCAUGGGUAGCUGCGAUCGUCAACGCCGGAAUCGACGUCCUCCCGAGCAUCAUCAACGCCGUCAUCUUAACGUCCGCCUGGUCCUGCGGUAAUAGUUUCAUGUAUGCGGCCUCCCGCAAUCUCUACGCCCUAGCCAUCACCGGUCAUGCGCCCAGGGUCUUUGCGAAAUGCAGCAAGCGGGGUAUCCCGUACAUCGCCGUUGUGGCCGUUUUCUCACUCACUAUGCUUUCGUUCCUGUUGCUGUCCGAGAAGUCUGCAGUUGUCUUUGAUUGGUUCAUCAACAUCACCACUGUGUCCAGUUUGUUCAAUUGGUUGACUCUAUUCCUCGCUACUAUCCGCUUCCGAAAGGGAUAUCUCGCGCAGGGGGUGACUCGCGCAGAUCUGCCGUUCCGGUCACCAUUGAUGCCCUAUGCUGCAUACUACGGGUGUGGAAUGGUGGUUUUCUUCAUUGCCAUUAGCGGCUUUGACGUUUUCUUCCCAGAGGAGUGGUCUGCUAAGACAUUUUUUGCAAAAUACGCCGGCGUUCUCCUAUUCAUGGCCCCCUUCGUUUUUCACAAGAUCUGGAAGAAGGAUAGUCUUACGCCUCCGGAGACAAUGGAUAUCUGGACUGGUAAGGAGGAAGUCGAUAUCUAUGAACGGCAAAAUCCCCCCCCGGAGCCGAAGAAUACUUGGGAGAAGAUCUGGUUCGCCAUCGCAUAG